CAAUGUAUUGUUGUAAUGCCACUGCAAUACAAUGCGUUAGAAACUUUACAGAUGGAUCUCGAUGCUACCUUCGACUGCAACGGUAAGGUGAACGUCAACGACUGGCAGCUGAGCAGAGGUGGGUUGUUUUAUCGCAGAGAGGUGGACAAUGCGGUUUUUCCACAAACCGACUGUCCCUUUUCUCAUGUGGAAGUCAAGCUUUUCGACUGCGUCAUGCCCGGAGCGGUCGCCGUGAUGAAUCUUAAACAUCUUAUUAAUUGCAUGGAGAUGCAGCUGAAAAUAUUAAACAGGCAGGAGAGACCAGUCAUAUCUGGAUUAUCCAAUAACGAUAAUGUCAAUUACUUUUCUCUAAGGAGGAUGAUUUGCGAAUUUAUUGUAUAUUUCCGUGCGUACAUGAACAGUAUAAAGUGGGAUCUUGGUGCGUUAGAAGCAGUAAUGCCUGAAAUCAGCAAAGAUGUAGAUACUCUGUUUGAUUGCGUUAAACACUUUCUCAGUAUGCUACACACCAUACCAGAUUCGACUCUGCAUUAUGCUGCUUCUAAUACAGGCAACAAGUGUAAUCAGCCAGAGUUUCAUUUGUACCACAUGCAUUUAGAAUUAAGGUGGUUCUUCGCCACGUUAAUACAUUCGAGAACUAUAUGGUACCAAUAUCACAUACAGUUGGAGGAGUUUGAAAACACCGCUGAAAUUGCCAUCAAUGAUCUCCUAUAUUCUGCCUUGAAAAUAUUUGAGAGGUUAGCUUUAAGCUGGACUGUGGAUCUCACGCAGAAAACGCCAUAUUGCUGCACAUGCACGCGAGAAUUGUGGCUCAUGUUUCAAAUAUUUGCCGACAGUUUAGGAGAAAGGCAGAAAACUAAGAUGUUUUGGGACCUUGUAAAUAGUUGUGUCGAUCGAGUACUGAGUAGGAAUCAAUCUCAAGCAAUAUUCUGGCACAAAAGCGUGGAUUCCUCUCUGCCAGAUUGUAAAAAUCCCGAAUUGUUUUGCAUCUGGAUAAUAUAUCAUCUGUCUCUGUUGUACGGAUACAGUAACGAUGGCGUAUACCUGCAGUCUAAUUCUCCGAGGAUUAGAUCAAAUUGCGAACAAGUUGAAAAGGUUCUGAAAGCUUACGUGUGUAAAGGUGGAAAAGACGGUGAAAGAGAUGAGCUUGAUGUAGAGCUCAAGAUCAUAAUACCACUAUUACACGAUCUUAUUAUUAAUUGGUGGCAACCGCGAGUGCCAAUUAUAUCGUUUCUUUGGGACUGUUUCCACAAAAGAUUAGAUCAACCAUUCUUAUUACAGACUUCUGGACCUUGGGCCCUGUCCCUUGAAAAGAAGACACCUAUGGAUAUUCUGAAGCAAAUUAAUAACAGAAUUUACGGCAAGUUUGAACAUUCCAAGGAGUCCAGCUAUGGCAUGUUCUUGCACCUGAUAGGUAUGUUUUUAAAAAAAUAUGGCACGUUAGAUCUUAAAUAUUGGAAUCAAAUUAAGGGGCGUGUAUAUACGAAAUUUUCAAAGAACAAAGUAGCAGAGUUCUCCGAGAGUGGCCUCUAUAACUUCAUAUCUUUAUUUAUCACUUUAGCUAUUACCGCAGAUAUUACGAAUGUAUGUAUAACAAUGUUAGAUCUCUUACCAUCUACGCAUGAAUUGAAUAACGAAUAUAAUAAAAAAUGCAAUCUAAUUUGGAAAGGAAAACUAGCAUGUCUCCUGUUGUUCAAUGAAAGAAGAUUAUCUCUUGGUUCCAUAGCUGGACAUUUUACAGAAACGAUCAACUUGAUAAGUUGUCGUAAAGAUGAAACAUCUCGUUCCAUGAUGACCAAUUUCGUUGAUGUAUUGAACACGAUUUUAUCUGGCAACGAGAAAAUGGAUCUAGAAGAGUUUAAUUUCAUCGGUGGUUGGAUCGAUCGUUAUCUUUUGGAAUGCCCAAAGAACAGAAUUGCAUUUUUAUUAGAGAUGCUGGCAAAUGUCUUCGAAAAAUGUAUUGUCCUGCAAGUUUCUUGUAACAAUUCUGAUGGUGCCAGAAAGAUGUUAGACGCGCUGUGGUGUUUUGUCGCAUCCAGAGUUCGCCAACUCGUCUUCGAUCCCGUACUCACUGGCAAUAAUUAUAAGAUUAUUUCCAAAUUAGCCGUCAUAUUUACUUUAGAAGCAGUUAGAGAACCAGCUACCGCUAAGAAGUAUAAACACUCGGCUAUAUCUUUAUUUCAGCACUUUGCAGCAUCAAUACUUGUGAAAGAUAUAAGAAUUACCCAAUAUUAUUUAACAUCGAUUCUUGAGAAUGAGCAAGCUGUGCAAAACUUGAAAAAGGAAAUUACAAAUUUCGAUACUAUUCUCAUCCAAGCUUGGAUAAAAUGUUCUAUUAUUGAUUGCGAAAACAAGGAAAGUAUAAGUAUUCUACAAAAUUAUAUUAUCAAUCUCAGUGAAAUCAAAGAGAUAUUCGUGUCGGAUUAUGAUAUAUACGAAUUUAAGAACAGUGACGAACCUAUUUUGAUAUUCAUAAUAUCAUUAAUGAAGAAGCAGAAUAUUUUAAAGUCUGAGCAAGAAAAGCUUCAAUACAAUGCAAAAUGUAAGAUGUAUUUCAAAAAUUUAGAGAAGUGGGCCAUGUUACCUAUAACGGAGGAAACAAAAGAUUCGGAGAUCGCAUUCUGGAUCUAUAGAUGUCUCGGUACAUUGAUUCUCUGCAUUUCUCCGACGCUAUACAUUAAAAAUCAACCAAAUGACAUGUUAAGAACGCUCAUCAACAAAAUUAUGUUGGUACCUGAGAACUCUGCACAGUCAUAUAUAAAAUGUUUAGGAAAGAGGAUAUUCUCAAUGAUAAUACUCGGUCUAGAAAAAUUGAAUGUCAAAAGCGACAUAUUAUUACAAGCGAUGAUCAGAGAUAUCUUCGAUCAAUACCUGCCGAUUUUGAUAAUUGAAGUAAACGGCGGUUGCAGUUUUAAAGUUUCCGAUACGUUGCUAAAAUGUUUCAAGGAAGCAAAGAGUGAUUUUCUGCGUUCGAUUUUCGAGACGUUAAUGUCAAACUUUUAUAAUAUAUCAUCCGACAAUGUCAUGCACAAACACUCCAACUUGAUAACUUGGCUUAUAAAAACAUUGCUUAAAGAAGGAAGAAAAUAUCCCAAAUAUAUUACAGAACACAUUAUUCAAAUUUGUUCCCCGAACAUCUUUGGAUGCUACAUGAAGGUUCAUGAUCACCAUCCACAUAAGUUGCACACAAUUGACUUUAUCAAUGACGUAAUUAAAAGUCCUUAUUAUGAAGAAGAUAAAUUCAUCAGGUAAACAAAUAUCGAGAUAUAUUAUAUCUAAAGUUUAAAUUAUAUGUAUAAAUAAUUUAUAAUCAAUUUUCGAAUCUUCAGGGAAAAAUUCCAAGCCGCUAUUUCUGCUGCAGUGAAAAAAUAUUUGAUGAUAAAUACGCAAUUUACAUUUGAGUUCAUACGAUCUGUCUUGUCGAUAAAGAAAAGUAUUAUAAUCAGUUUAUUUCCGCAAAUUGAAACCAUCAUACUUUAUGCCGAACAAUAUCACCGACCCAAUGCGGCAUCCUUGAGGUUCCUGUCGAAUCAAUUGAAAAAACAUAUGCUGAGUGUGGACAAUAAUUCAUGACAGGAUCGCAAGAAUUUAUUAAUAAUAAUUUAAUAAACGUACGCUAAAUAUUCUAAAUAAUGACAAAUUUAAAUUUUUUCCAUUUUUGAAUUAAUCAUCAAGUAUUAAUCAACAAGAACUUGAUUUCAAUGUACAGAAAUGCGUAAGUUGGCCCAAGUUUAUAUCAAGAUACGUAACAGAAAUAGAAAUUAUCGCUAUAUUAUAUUCAAAAUAAAAUUUCGAUCAAAAUAAGUAGAAAAUAAGAUAUAAAUUAAUUAUUGUCACGUAUACUAUGAAAAUGCCACAAAUCAUUAGCUGCGAUACACACGUAAAUUUACUUAAAUAACUGGCAAUCAUCGGUCCUAUCGUGAGGUAUAAGAUGAAAUUUACAAAACCACUUAAAACAACACAC